CCACCCCAACCAAACGUCAAGCCUUUCUCUUCGUCUUGCUCGGAGAGAAAAAGAAGAGCCUUCGCCUUCCCCUCUCUCUUCGCCAUGGACAUCGCGGCCGCGAACUCUUCCGCCGCCGCCGCCGCGGCUGCAGCUGCGUCCGCUUCCGGUAACGGCGUACAAGGGAGCGCCGGAGGCGAGCGGCCCGAGGACGCUUCGAAGCAGAACCUGGCGCAGGUGACGGGCUCGAUCCAGAAGACCCUAGGGCUCCUCCACCAGCUCAACCUCAACGUCUCCUCCUUCAGCUCUGCGUCUCAGCUCCCCCUCCUCCAGCGUCUGAACGCACUCGUGGCUGAGCUCGACACUAUGCAGAAACUCGCCGAUGGGUGCAACAUCCAGGUGCCCAUGGAGGUCGUCAAUUUGAUCGAUGACGGGAAGAAUCCCGACGAGUUCACUAGGGACGUGCUCAACAGCUGUAUCGCGAAGAACCAGAUCACCAAGGGCAAAACCGACGCUUUCAAGAGCCUGAGGAAGCAUCUUCUUGAGGAGCUUGAACAAGCUUUUCCUGAGGAUGUCGAAGCGUACAGGCAGAUACGUGCUACUUCUGCUGCUGAUUCAAAACGGUUGGCUCAGUCCCAAAGCCUUUGCCCAAUGGAGAUGCCAAAGUGAAAACCGAGCAUUGACGGAAGGAUCCAACUGAAAGAACAAAUUAUGUAUUUCCUAUACUUAGUUUAAGGAAGGCUUUAUGAACCGGCAACUGAUAUAUCCUUGUAUCACUGUUUCUUCACACAGGUGAUCAAUACAUCUGUACAUUAUUCUCAUAUCAUUUGCUGUAUCAUUAUUGAACCAGCCCGGUUAUUGAAAUCAGUUAACCCGUACUCUACUACUGUA